CCCUCAGCUUGACGCCUCCCCUUGACGCCUCCCCUCUCUCCAUCCCACAGCCUUUUAUAGUCUGUUGAUCUGCGUGAUUGCUUUCUAUGCUCAUUGCGAGGAGAAGAAAGCCAUAUAUUUAUCGCAAUGCGGUUUCUCUGUCUUCCGGGAGCCUAUGGCAGCUCCGAUAAGUUCCAGGUUCAGCUAGCACCCAUCGUCAAGGAAUUGACUGAGGAUGGAACGGCUACCUUCCACUUCAUCCACGGCCCCUGCAAAGCCGUGCCGCCCGAGGGCUUCGAGGAGUACUUUGGAAAGCCGCCCUAUUACCGCUUUGUCGAGCCCGACCAGGAUGUGGAAAAGACCGAAGACGGUGACGUCCUGGCCAGAAUCAGGGACUUUCCCGACUGUGAGAGCCCCGAGGACACCAUGCGAGAGCUGAUGAGCGAGGGCGUCGCCACCUCACAUCGCAGUACCGACAACGCACUCAAAUACCUGAUCAAAAUCAUGGACGAGCGCGGCCCGUUUGAUGCCAUCAUUGGCUAUUCGGAAGGCGCCACCGUUGCUGCCACGCUUCUGCUUCACGAGCAGAGGCGCUUCAAGAAAAAGGGCAUCAAGCCCAUGUUCAAGUAUGCCAUCUUUUUCGCUGGCUGGCCCCCCGUCGACCCAGACACCCACCACAUGAUUCUGAGCGACGAGUCCGAUGUCAUGAUUGAAAUCCCUACAUGUCACAUCAUCGGCUCCUUGGACCCUUAUGUCCACGGAUCUCUGGCCCUUUACAAUAUCUGCGAUCCCGAUACUGCCUAUCUCUUUGAUCACGCCAAAGGCCACACGUUGCCGCGGGACAAGGAAACUGUAAAGGAGCUGGCUGAUGUGGUACGGGAUGCUGCCUGCCUCUAUGAAAUCCACGCCUGAGUGGCGUGUAUGUCAAAGGACAGCAGUUCGCUCAGAAACAGUAAACGGAAACCAGCCAUAAAUGACGAGUUUGUAACACAAAGACUCCCUAACCGAAGCAUCAAGCGAACCAAGUGAAUGGCCAACAUGGGUCAAUAUCGGGUGCCGUCAAGGACCGGGCAACCGGCUUGAAGCCUAGCGAAGCGAGGCAUCAUGUAGCAGCAUACUGGGACUGAGUGGCUUUCAGUCGCGGCACAGUCUCGGAAGCUACCGGUGUUCUCCAAGGCACUCUGAAUGCAAGUGACCCGACUGUGAGCAGCUUACGGCGACGGUGACACGCACACUUUGCAG